CACGAACAGUCCAAAGAAGCUUUAGUUAGCUAGCAGCUGAGAUGUGUCUUCCCGGCGGUCGUUUCACUUCAGUGCCUGGUUCUUCCGCUUUGAGGGGGAAGCCAUGACGGCUUUACUUGUGGAGGGACGAGGAUUUGGGGAUAUCGUGCCUGUUCGAGUCCGUUUGAAGUUUAAAAGGGCUCGAAGGAGCGAGCGGUGUUAGCUAACGUUAGCUCUGCCGGUGUCAGCCGCUCGGUGCCGGGCUGCGGAGCUUCUGGGUCCGAAGACAAACCGGGCUUUUAUCGACUUUCUUAACACGAUAAGUAUUUAGAUACGAGUUCCUAUCAUAUAUUAAUUAUAAAGGAGAGUAAAUGUAAAACAAAGGUUCCGCCUGCUGGGUUUCACCCGGAUGUUUUAUUUGAGGGUCUGUCAGCACAAAGUUUCGACCCGCUCUUAAACUGUUUACAUUAUGAAGAGUUGUUUUCUGAGCCUCCGCUCGGUUCAAUAAUCAGAUCAAACUUUUACUUCUAUGUGAUGAUAUCCAGCCUCUGCUCGUUGUUGUUGUUUAGAUUAAAGUGACUGAUCUGGAAAUAUGGUUUCUGAUUGUGAAGGAAACAGUUAGCUUUGGGUUAUUAAUUAAAACAAAAACAACAAGAUGGAGACUGAAGUGCAGUCUCAGCCGGCUGAUGUCUUCCUCCACCCGCUGUCCCACCCCGGGGCUCCGGGCCUCUGCCCAGAGAUGCUGGAGGUGGCGGAGGAGGCCAGCCGGGCCGGGGACUUCAACCUGGCCGUGGAGAUCUACAGCUCCCAGCUCUCCGACCUCCAGCAGCCGGACAGGGGCUUGUGUCUGCGGAAGGCGGACUCUCUGGCCCGAGCGGGCCGGAUCUCCGAGGCGCUGGAGUCGUACUGCACAGCGGCCAGCCUCGGCAAACUGCGGCCGGACGAGCUGCCCGUCCUGGUGGAGACCAUCGCCCGCUCCCUGCGAGGGAAGGAGCUGGGCAUGCCGGUGGCUUUAACCGGCGGAGGAGGAGGAGGAGGACAGGACUGUUCUGAUGAGGCUGAAGAAGAUGCAGCUCUGGACCUGUUUUCAUGCCGCCUCUGCAGAUGUUUGCUCCAUGAACCCACAACCGUGGAGUGCGGACACACUUUCUGUAAACGCUGCCUGGACCAGGACUCGGUGAAGGCUUGUGUCAGCUGCAGACACGUGUGGAGCCCCAGCGACAGGCUGUUGAACGGCCGCAGGGUGAACGUGGUUCUCAGCGGCCUCUUGGACAAACUCUUCCCCGCUGAGAGCAAAGCCAGGAAGUUGUGGAUGGAGGGGGAGGACUUGUGGAGGAAACAGGACCUCCCGGAGGCCUUGGACAAGUACAGUGCAGCAGUAGACCUGGCGCCCUCUUCAGGCAGCCUGCUGUAUCAGCGAGCUGAGCUGAACAUGGAGAUGAAGAACUUCAGUCAGGCGGUGCAGGACACCAGCAGUCUCUGUAGAACAAAACCUUUCUGGACAAAGGCCCACUGUCUAAAAGCCACAGCACUGAGUAAAGCUGGGCGCCAUGAUGAGGCCUUGCAGGAGUACCUGCUAUGUGUAGCACUGAAGCCCGACUGCAACAAAGUCAAGCUGGAGGCUCAGAAGGUGCUGUCUGAGCUGUUUUCUUCUGUGUUCGAGAACGAGGAAAUGCCCACACCGCUGCCCCCUCUGCAUGGAGGGCUGGCCACUCGGCUCAUCAAACCCACCGCCCUGCUCACGUCCUUGAGACCACUGACACAGAAACCAGGCUGCUCUUCACAGACCAGCUGAACAGCACUCAAACAGCUGUAGUUUGUGGAAGGAGGGUGUUUCCUGCCGAGCUGCUGGACAGUGGAGACCUGGAGUGCUCCCUGUGCAUGAGAUUGUUCUACGAGCCUGUGGCGACUCCCUGUGGACACACAUUCUGUCUGAAAUGUCUGGAGCGCUGCCUGGACCACAACCCCAACUGCCCUCUGUGCAAGGAGAACCUAGCUGAGUAUCUCGCCUCCAGAGGCUACAGUAAGACCCUGCUGAUGGAGGAAGUCCUGCAGCGUUACCUCGGGGACGAGCUGGCUGAGAGGAAAAACAUCCACGAAGAGGAGAUGAAGGAGCUGUCCAAUCUAAACCAGGAAAUGCCCAUCUUUGUGUGCACCAUGGCCUUCCCCACCAUCCCCUGCCCGCUGCACGUCUUCGAGCCGCGCUACCGCCUCAUGAUCCGCCGCGCCAUGGAAACAGGGACGAAGCAGUUUGGCAUGUGCAUAGCGGACGAGCUGAAAGGCUUCGCUGACUUUGGCUGCAUGCUGCAGGUGAGAGACGUAAAGUUCUUCCCUGACGGGCGCUCUGUGGUGGACACCAUCGGGGUGUCACGCUUCAAAGUCCUCAAGCAUGGACAGAGAGACGGCUACCACACAGCUAAGAUCGAGUACCUGGAGGACAGGAAGGUUGAAGGAGAGGAGCUGGCAGAGCUGCUGAAGCUGCACGACUCCGUUUAUGAGCAGGCCAACAACUGGUUCACCUCACUCAAAGACAACAUGAAGACUCAGAUACUGGGACACUUUGGACAUCUUCCCAGCAAAGAUGCAGACCCACAGGCCAGUCCUGAUGGUCCAGCCUGGUGCUGGUGGCUGCUCGCUGUCCUUCCCCUGGAGAACCGGGCCCAGCUCACCAUCCUGUCCAUGACCUCCUUCAAAGACCGCCUCAUUGCAAUUCGAAGGGUUCUCAUCUUCGUCACACGCAAGAGACCCCGAUGAUGGUCCAGGAGAGCUGCUGUCAUCUCUAUGCAGUCCAGAGACUUGUCUCAUUCUGACCGAGUGUUUCAUCACUUCAUCAGCUCUCUCUCCUUUCUGACAUGUAGCCUUUCAGAGCUUCACCCCCCAAAAAACAACCCCCUCAUUCCUGACUGUAGCCCCCCAACCACAGGCUUGGUUAAAACCACAACAGAACAGUUGUUUGACUUUAGUUUGGAGGGUUUUUCAGGUUUUAACUGUUUGCUAACAGAAGCAGAAGUGUUUGAGCUGGUUUUGUUUGUUUGAACCAGAAAGGGAACAGAAGUGAGUCCAUCACACAGCUGUGAAGUUCACCACAUCACAGCUCUGGAAGCAAACCAUGCUGAACCAUCUGCAUGAUAAAACCUAAAGGAAUGUAGUGAUGUGGUUGUGUGAGGACUUUCGUUUUGCCCCUGCCUUACUACAUUCAGACACUUUGGAGGGUCCAGGUCCUGGUUCAGGUCCUGCUCCAGGUCCUGGCAGCACAGUCUCACUUUAAAUCUUCCUGACGGAGCGGUGAUGAAAGACGGUUUGAUUCAGCUGGCAGGUGAAAAGCAGCGCCGCUCCACAGCAGGGUGUUCCUCUCUUUUUAAGAGAUUUAAAACAGGAAUUAGGAUUAAAGCGUAAGCCAAAUGAUUGCACAUGAUUGGGUGAAUGUUGAAGAAGAAUCUGGAAGUUGUGUCCUGUUGUAGCACAUCUCUGGGACAGAGUACUGAUGUAGUUUUAGGGGUUUGCUUAAUGCGAACGAUGAAAUCGUCAUUUGGGUGAUUUUUGUGAAAAUCCAUGAAACUCUGAGGCCUUUUUAAUGUUUCAUUCAACAAACAGCAGUGUCCAUUUUCUCCCUUUCUGUUGUAAACAUGAACAAUAUAAUGCACAUGUGCAGUGGACUUUCCUUGUAUACAGUUAAAUGUGUUCAUUUGAUCAUUUUUUUUUUACAUUUUCUGUGUAUCUGAUUUAAACCUGUUUGUUUUCUGUCACCGUUUUUUACAGGAAAAACCUUUUCACAGUAAUAACUUCAUAAAUCAGCCCCGAGGUUUCAAUUUAAGGAUGUGAAUUUUGCAGUUUUAUUUUAUUUUUAUUUUAUAUUGUCAAAAAAUACAUAAAACAAGAGAAAAGAAUUACA